AUGGAUCCCUUCCCAUUCCCAACCACGCUGGAGGAGGUUGUGGGUCUCGUCAAACGCCUCUACCAACCUGGCUCUCCACAAGAGCUCUCUCAAAUCCAAGCAACCCUACAAGUGGUCCAACGCUCUUCAGAGGGAUGGAAACUAGCAGACUCUCUCCUUGGCAUCAAUGACGAACUUCUUCAGUUCUUCGGGGCCCUUACUUUUACAGUGAAGCUCAAUUCUGAUAGCGAAUCGGUCACGGAAGAGGAUGUUCCAAUCCUAAGGGACCGUCUCAUCGGCUGGCUAAUCAAUGUCGCUUCCACCAACUCCUCCCAAAUGGUCAUUAAAAAGCUUUGUUCAACCUCAGUCGUGUUCUUCCUACGCUUUCCAGAAAGCUGGCAGAAUCUCAUUAGACACGUGGUCUGUUCACUCUGCUUGGGCCGCGUCGUACCGGUUGAAGAACUAGAAAGACUUCCUACCUCAGAUCUAUUAUUACGUAAAGCAGACAGCAGAAGUAAAAUUACGGCCUUGUGGUUUACAGCUAUUCUUGUGGAAGAGGUGGGAAAGGUUGAUGGAAAGAAUGUCAAAAACCUCCGCUUUCAUGACAGAAUACGUUCAAAUGUGGACGAGGCUGUUUUAUUAAUAUGGGACUCUAUUGCUGGGAGUUAUAUCGAUGAGGCCGGAAACAGAUCGUCUGAAUGUGAUACUCGACUUGUGAGGGAAGGUAUAAAAACCUUUCAGUCAUGGGUCUUCUACUCCCUACGUGCUAUCUUAGAUUCAACCCACACAUUCCCAGAAUUGAAACGUCUAACCACGCCCGUUCUCAACUGGAUGGCUCAUCCCGACAUGUUUGACGUGGCAUGCGAGGUAAUCACAGAUAUCCUUACGCAUUAUUUUACUUUCCUCACGCCCGAGGACGAGUCCUGCCUAGCAGGUAUCAUCGUAUCUCCAUGGGCCCUUGAGCGCUACGAAUUACUCACAUCCGGGGAUGGAGACUCAGAAGAGUCACUCCAAUUUGGCCGCCUCAUUGUAGCGUAUUCAGAGGCAACUGUGCUAAAGAUUGCACGCAACUGGGAUAAGCAACAAAGUCGGACCUUAAUGAAGAUGCUUCAUGGAAUGUUAAAAGUCCCCGGAUGGGCCAUGGCUGAGGAAGAAAUUUCUGGAACGACAUUUGAAUUCUGGAGCAGCUUUGCCGAAUUUUUGUUAGACCCCGAGGGGAUCGACGAAGACCAACUUGGAAUAGUGUUGAUGGCAGGUAAAAAAGAAAUUUUACAGGCCGUUGAAGAGUUUUGGAGGAAAAUACGGAUACCGGGCGGUCACCAAUCUCAGUCGUGGUUAUCAUGGACUAAGGACCAGAGGGACGGCUUUAUGACCUUCAGGAAGGAUGUAGCUGAUUUAGUGGAAGUAGUGUACGGCGUCUUGGGGGCCGAGCUAUUCAGACGACUUGUUAAUCAAGUUUUGGGAGCUUUAUUCCAAGCAGAUGAAGGCAGUGAUGUUGUUUGGGAGGAUGUGGAGGCGAGUUUAUUUUGCCUCAACUCUCUAAGCGAUUCUUUGAGCGAGGAACCAGAAGAGGACGAAUCCCUGGAGAUAUUGUUCGGGGGUAAAUUGUUUGUUAUACUGGCGGAUUUCGGAAAUCACAUACCUAUCAAAGCAAGACAAACCGCCGUCAGUUUGAUUGGAUCAUAUUCGGCCUUUUUCGAAAGACACUCGGAUUUCUUACCGACAGUAUUGAAUUUCCUAUUUAUUUCCAUUUCAACACCAACCUUGGCUAGGAGUGCAUCAAAGUCUAUAUGCUCUCUAUGUGCUUCGUGCCGCGGUACUCUAACAGGCGAGCUUUCAACCUUUCUUUAUCAAUACGAAAUCUUUUCUGCUACAAGCACAGCAGAUGAUAUUGCAAAAGAACGAGUUCUUUGUGCCAUUUCUUAUGUCGUUCAAGCCUUGCCAUCGGAUGAAGAAAAACUGGGGCCUGUCAAGAGACUCCUAGGUUUUGUUGAGCAGGAUGUUCAGGAAUGCUUGUCACUGGUAGCUCAACAGAACGAAGAGGCAAAAGAAGUGGCUUUAUUGGCCCUGCGGUGUUUGAUUUCCAUUGGGAGAGGCUUACAAGUCCCAGAAGAUGUUCCAAUUCUUCUACCCGGCGAAGGACCACCGCAGCCCCGAUCAUUCUGGGAGCGUGGUGAUGGAUUAGUUGUCCAAAGACGACUUCUAGAUAUUGUUCGGACUCUCGUUAUAAGCUUGCACGAAGAUGGCGAAGUAGUUGAUGCUGCUUGUGCGGUCUUCCGAACAGGCUUUGCAGAAACCACCCCGGGUCCAUUUGUCUUUGCACCACAGGUGAUCACAGGGUUUUUGCUUGAAAGAGCAAAUAAUGGUGUUCGAAUCGAGUCAGUAUUAUCGACAGGCUGUACCAUGGUCAGCUCACAUUCAACGGAUGGUAGCCCUGACAUUUCGACGGAAGUAAUGCAAUUCAUGGAAUUUAUUAUGACCCUUGUGGAAAGAAUGCAGGACCCACAGACAGACCCAGAGGCAUCUCAAAGUGUGGUGGAGUUCUUAAAUAGAAUGUUGUCUAGAUAUGUCAAUAUUCUCGUGCAAUACCAACCCACAGAGAGGAUGCAGAUGUUGUUUGGAUUUGUGUUGAACGCCUUGGCGGUUAGAGAACCGUUAGUAAAGAAAGCGGCUGCUACUUUCUGGGCGACAUUUGUCUCUUUAGCAGAUCAGCCACCACCUGUCCAGGCUGCGAUAGAUGGUGUUGUAGCCAUGUGCGGCACAGCUUUGGCCGAGAAACUUGUCUGGGGUGUCGGAGGUGGGGCUGCGAGGAGCGAAGUUGACAGUCUUGCAGAGCCUCUUAAAAGAUUGGUGGCUAGGCAAGUCAAGGCCAAAACCUGGCUUUCUACUGCUCUAUCAAGAGAUGGUUUCCCGAGUCCGAAUUUGACGGACAAGAGUAAAACACGAUUUCUAAAUAGUGUCAUCAGUUUAAGAGGAAAGAGGGGCACAAACCAAAUAGUCAAAGAGUUUUGGUUAAGUGCAAGGGGUAGUGAGUUUGAUUACGCUUCAUAG